CAAGGGACUGCAAAAUAUCCGUGGAAGGUCUGGAAUACAGAGGGAACAUCUCAGUAACUGUUUCCGGUAAAUCAUGUCAGAGGUGGGACAGCCAGACUCCACAUCAACAUAGUUACGCCAAGCGACUUCCGGGGAAUGCCAGUGAACAUAAAAAUUACUGCAGAAACCCGUCAUCCGCAGGUUCUCCUUGGUGCUACACUUUGGACCCCAAAACAAGAUGGGAGCAUUGUCAAAUUCCAUUAUGUGCAAUGGACUGCAAAAUAUCCGUGGAAGGUCUGGAAUACAGAGGGAACAUCUCAGUGACUGUUUCCGGUAAAUCAUGUCAGAGGUGGGACAGUCAGACCCCACAUUCACAUGGUUACGCUGAGCGACUUCCGGGGAAUGCCAGUGAACAUGAAAAUUACUGCAGAAACCCAAAACCUGGGAUGGAAGCUACCCCAUGGUGCUAUACAUUGGACCCCGAUACAAGAUGGGAGCUUUGUCAUAUUCCAUUCUGUGUGCUAGACUGUAAAAAAACAAGAGAGGGAAUGGACUACAGAGGAAACAAAUCUACUACUAUUUCUGGAAAGACAUGUCAAAGAUGGGACCGACAGUCGCCAUGGACCCAUAGUUACACCAACGUGUUGCCUGGUAACUCCAGUAUACACGAGAAUUUCUGCAGGAACCCGCGGGCUAACGAAGCAGAUGGCCCUUGGUGCUACACCACGGACCCCAACACGAGAUGGGAGUUCUGUGAUAUACCUUUUUGUGAAUGUAGAGACACGAUUAAAGGAGAAGAAUACAGAGGCACCAUCUCCCAUACCGAUAGGGGCCGGGAAUGUCUUAGAUGGGACAGCCCCCUUUCUCCGGAACCAUCAUUUGCCUUCUAUCUGGAGGGAAAUUUGAGAUCGCAUGAGAAUUAUUGUAGGAAUCCUGCUAAUCAAGGCGAAAAACCUUGGUGCUUUACAGAUCCAUCUGAAAAAAAUGAAGAAUAUUGCAACAUCCCCAUGUGUUCUCAAAUUAAGUAUUUCUUUUAUUUCUUCGUUAAUAGUAACAAAGAAUGUUUAGACAACAUCAAAGGUCAAUAUUACUUUGGAACUGUAUCUAAAACAGAAGAUGGGAUAGAAUGCCAACGCUGGGACAAAUUACAACCACACGAUCACAGGUUUGUCUAUGGAUUCAUGGGACUCUCCGCUUCUGAACAUGAGAAUUACUGCAGAAAUCCCGACAUGGAGGAAAAACCGUGGUGUUACACAGUGAACGACACGGUCCGCUAUCAGUACUGUGAUAUUCCGCUAUGUAACGAAAAAGAUUGUAAGGAAACAGAGAGAGGUAUGGAAUACCAAGGAAAACAUAACAUGACUCGGGGUGGUAUAGCCUGCCAGCGCUGGGACAGCACCUACCCCCAUGUUCCUAACAGCAGGAUCAGUUUCCCAGGAUCGACUCUAUCGCGCCAGGAGAACUACUGUAGGAACCCUGACGGUGGACCUUCACCCUGGUGCUACACCCUGAAUCCUGACGUACGCUGGCAGACCUGUGAUAUACCUUUCUGUUUAAACUCUUCCUUUCAGUGUGAUUUCUCGGGAGGAAUGUGUGGUCUAGAACAACCGAAUAAUACAGGGAUGACUUGGCUAUUGAACAAGAAUG